CCUUCUGGGAGUUGUAGGCGCAGCAUUCCCCGCGCCGCCGCCAUUGUCCGGCGGCCGCUGGAGCCAGUGGUUUCUUUAGUAGGGGCGACUAUCUGGCCUGGGAAUUGCGUCGGGCUCCAGCGCUCCCCGCGAGAACCCAGGAUGGACCCCGAGGACCACGUGGCGAUCGUGGCAAUGAGCGCUCGCCCGCCGGUGGAACGGCUGCAGGAACCAGUGACCUUCUGGGAUGUGGCCGUGGACUUCACCCAGGAGGAGUGGGGGCAGCUGGACCCUACACAGAGGACGCUGUACCGCGACGUGAUGCUGGAGACCUUCGGGCACCUGCUCUCUGUGGGUCCUGAGCUUCCUAAGCCCGAUGUCAUCUCCCAGCUGGAGCAAGGGGCUGAGUUCUGGGGUGGUGACCAAGGAUGCCCCCAGAGCUGCUAUUCAGGCUGGGAGCCAGGCUUCCCCGAAGAGAAGCUGACUACUGGCACAGAAAGAGAAGAGUUCCCGAGGGUCACUGCCUGUCCUUCCCUGGCGGGGGUCACAUGGCCGUGUGAGGGUGAGGGUGAGGGCCAGGCACACAGAAAGGACCAGAGUGACGGGUGGCAGCUGGCAGCUGGCCUUGAGGAGGGAGCAGCAGAUCCCAGUCCAGGCUGUGAGAGGCUCAGACAUGGGGAGAGCUGUGUGCUGAGCUCCAGCCCAAGUGCGUUCCUGAGUUCCAAGAGAGAGUAUCCCUGUUCGGAUGCACACGGGCCUGGCUCCGACCCUGAGCCGGACGUGGCCAGUGAGCCCCAAGGUAACCACAGGGCCUCCGGCCAGGCCGUCCUGGGCACAGAGCUGUCAAGGAGCCAGGGCCCUGACAAGCCGUACAAAUGCACCGACUGCGGAAAGUCGUUCAACCACAACGCACACCUCACGGUGCACAAGAGGAUCCACACAGGCGAGCGCCCGUACGUGUGCAAGGAGUGUGGGAAGGCGUUCAGCCAGAACUCGUCCCUCGUGCAGCACGAGCGCAUUCACACAGGGGACAAGCCCUACAAGUGCGCGGAGUGCGGCAAGUCCUUCUGCCACAGCACGCACCUCACCGUGCACCGGCGCAUCCACACCGGAGAGAAGCCCUACGCGUGCCAGGACUGCGGGAGGGCCUUCAACCAGAACUCAUCCUUGGGCCGGCACCGGCGGACACACACUGGAGAGAAGCCCUACGCCUGCAGCGUGUGCGGGAAGGCCUUCUCACGCACCACCUGCCUCUUCCUGCACCUGCGCACGCACACGGAGGAGCGGCCCUAUGAAUGCAACCACUGUGGCAAGGGCUUCCGGCACAGCUCCUCGCUGGCCCAGCAUCAGCGCAAGCACGCGGGGGAGCCGCCCUUCACCUGCCGCCCCAUCUUUGAGCAGACAGCAGCCCUGCCCCGGCCCCAGUGGGCAGACGCUCUUGCCUGCACACCGCCUCUGAGCCAGGAGGAGAGGGCGCUGCGCAGCGACAGGCCCUUCAGAUGCAUCCAGUGUGGCAAGUGCUUCACCCAGAGCUCCCAUCUUAUCCGCCACCAGAUCACUCACACCAGGGACCAGGAGCCAUCCAGGCGGCCCCGGAGACGCCAGCAGCCCUGCAGCCGGGGCGCACAGCACACCCAGCACCCGCAGGGAGGGUCAGGACAGAGCAGGGAUCAGGCCAGAGCAGCACAGCCAGCGAGCAGAGCCCUGGCCCUGUUUGACAUCCACGAACUCAUACAGGAGAAAAACCCUGUGCGCAUCAUUGGGGUGGAGGAGCCCAUGGGCUCCACCGUGUUUGACCUCAGAGAGUCCACCUAGGAGAGAAGUGCUGGCUGUGACCUCUGAACCUCGGGUGCACAAACGUGUUGCAUUCUAGUGAUGUUAAACUCACCAGCAGCACUCAUCAGAACCUGGAAAGAAGGAAGACAGAGUGUGACACAACUCAGCAUGUAAAACAACGGUCCCUGAACCUUAACUGCAGGAGGUGCUUUGGAUUGAGCAGGCGGAGAGUUGGAAGAAUGGUCAUCCCGGAGUAUCCUGGGGCACCUCUUGGCCCAGGGUUGGAUGGUUGAGCCUGCCAUGCACUGCCACCAUGGCUCGCUGGGCCCUCCCGUUCUUUGGAUGCUGGAGUGCCACCGGGGUACACCAGGCUUCCAGGGUGCCGUGGUUCCUUCCACCUUUUGCUUCAUCUCUGUAGAGGCCCUGUGGGACCUUACCAAGCCCUGGGCUUGCUUGUCUUGUGUUUCCCUUCCCAGGUCACCUUUUUACAGUGACUGCAUCAUUCCUUGACCUGUGCCCUUUGCUGCUUCAUCUUGGGAGAUAACUUUCCCUUUACAUGAAAAGGAGCACCUUCUGGCGCACUUUGCCCAUGGUGGUUAUGUGAGAAGUAUCAUUCCACAGAUGAGGAAAAGUAAGCAGAAGACAAAAGUAACCUGCCCAAAGUUACACAGACAGGAAGUAACUGAGAGAAUUUGAUGCCAGUGCCCAGUAACAGUGGAUGAAACUAAGCUUUGUUCCAAGGCUGACUUUUCAGUGGCUUUGCCAUAUCAGAACCAGUGUUUUCUCCAGCUCUCUUAGGUUUUCCCUCAUGAUCACAGCUAAGCUGGAGCUGUAAUCAAGACAGGAAGCAGCCAGGAAACAUCUUGAUGAUGUUCCAAACAAAAGGCCCUCGGGGGAGCUAGUAGUGCAUACUCAGGUAGACCUGUUGGCCAAGAGUGAGCUACCCUAACAAUAAUGAGCCUUGCAAAGGUGACAUCUAGCGUUUCUCACCUCUGUGGUGGGCACAGGGAAGAGACAAAGUUCCGGGAAGUGGGUGGUACGUAAGCAGAUAGCAGCUCCUGUAGCUUUCUCCUCCAGCUCUUAGAAGACCCUCCUGGGCUCCCAUGUGCCCCUCAGCUCCCCCACCUCUGUCGCCACCUUCACAGGGUCCACCCUUGCCGUGGCUAUCUGUGGCCACUUCAGCUUCCCCUCUUCCUCUGCACCAUGAAGCAUGCCAGGCUUCUGUAGUUCCCCAUCCUCUCCAUCUCUUCAGGGGCUUUGGUGGUCCUGGCAACCCUCUUCCCCUGGGGUUCCCAGGUGUCUUCCAUUUCCCAGUUGUGUUGCUUACCCCAACACUGAGUCUCUGGUGCCUCUGAGUUCUGAGCUUCAGGUCCCAACAGCAGCUGUCUACUGAGCAGCUGCCCUCAAAUGAGCCAUAAGGUCCCUGAAAACUGCCAUUUUCCCACCCAGACAAGUCCCCCUCCCCAUCCCUUCCAUGGGGGCUGUUACUUCCUGCCCUCCAUUGUUGAAGCUAGAAAAUAAACCACCUUUGACCCCUCACUCUACUCCCACCAAGGGUCCAGUUUCUUCUACCCUGUGAACAUCUUGAGUCUGUCCUCCAUCCCCACUCCCACUCCCCUGAGAGGAAGAUGAUAGGCAAGCAGGUAGGACAGCCUGGUGCCAGAUGCCUCUCCAGACCAUUCCUCUGCAUUGUCCCAUCGGGAUAGGGGUGAGAUUGGGGUACCCAGGGAGCAGUAGUGACGUCAUGAUUCCAGACAGCUCUGGAAGCCAGGCCUGUGAUUGCCUUGUUCCCUUCACCUUGACCCCCAGUUGGCAGGUCCUGCAGGGCUCUUGUUUGGACACUUCUGAGUGGACACUGGGAGGGCUGAAGUCCCAGCAGCCCCGCUGGGUCAGAUGGGGACAGACGAGAAGGAACAAACACUGGAGAUCUGCGUGGUGUUGUUUCAGUUCAGCUCAUGUUCAGGCAUGGUUUUCCACUGAACUUGUAGAUGUUUUGGAAUAGUCAGAAACUCCUCAGGGGAAACUACUGUGUACUAGGGGAAAUCAUGGUUUUACCUGUUUGUAAAGUAACAAGUUCUUAGUAGCCAAAACUUGGAAAAUGCACAAAAAUUCAAAAAAAUAUGAAAACUCAUUUGAAAUUUAAUUAAUGCUUUCACCUUACAGAGAUAGUAAUUACCACUUACAUUUUGCUAAUUUUUCCUUGCAAUUUUUAGACGUAUAUACACAUAUACAGAGUGUACAUUACAUCUUAAGCAUAUAUAUGUGUAUAUAGUUAUCUUGUGUUUAGAAAUUUGGGGUCGUUUCUCAUUCUCUUGUAACCCAUGUUUUUUACUAUAUUUUGAGCAUUUUACAUGACAAUGAAUUUCAUAUAGCUUUUAAAACUAGCUUUCAGGAGGAUUCUAACAAUGCACCCGCCCUUCACCCAGAGUUUUAACAGCUUCGAGCUUUCUCAAAGGGGUGAAAACGUUUCCUGUGCAUUUUCAGUGGGAGUGAAUUGAUACAACUUGUGUGGACUGAGACUUAGUCACUGUUUAAAGUACAAAUACAGAAAGGUUUUGUUACAGAAAACCUGCUGGGGAUGAAUCUUACAGACAUAUUUGUAUAUGUGCAAACUGGUUGUAUAUAGUUUUCAUUAUACUAUUGAUCUUAAAAGUAAAACAUUUGGAAACAACCACUGUAUUCACCAUGGAGAACUGGCUAAGUAAUUUAUGGUGGAAUAGAUACCACAGCCUUAAAAAUGGAGACUAUCCUUACAUACUAAUAUGGGAAAGACCUCCAGGAUCCCUUAAGUGAAAACAAGCAAGGUAUAAAACUGUGUUUCCAUUUGUGUAAAGAGGAAAUGUAUACAUAUACCCAUGCAGUCUCUGAAAGAGUAAAAAGCAAACAGUUAUACUGGUUGCCCUUGGGAAAGAAAGGGCGGACAGAGAGGAGGAAUAUUUUCACUCUAUAUCUUUUUAUAUUUUUGAAAUUUUGAAACAUGUAAAACAUUACCAGUUCAAAGAAUAAAUCUAACAAAAACCUCAA